AUGCAAUAUCAGAGUUAUUAAUAUUAUAGUUAUGGGAAUCUGAAGGAAUUGUAGGAAAUAAUAAAGGUUGAUGGAAUUGGAAUAAUGAAUAUUGAUGAAGAUGAAUAAAUAAUCGAAUAUUAGAUAGAUCGAUCAAAAUGUGUUAGAUUAAGUGAUCUCAUAUAUAUGAUUACUUAUAACUUUCUUAGAUUUCAUUUAGGAUAACUAUUAGAGUUAUUUGCUCAAUUAUUAAAGAAAGUCAUUUCAUAAUAAGCUUAAAAUCAUAUUUAGCAUUAAUACUUAGAUACCAAUAGAAUAUGGUUGGUAUUUAAAAAUGAAUCUCCUCGUUUAAGCGUUGUUUAUACUAAAAUUGAUUAUACAAUUGCUUUUACAGGUUAUCAAUGUUAAUUAUUUGAAAAAGGACCACGCGACACCAAAUCAGCAGAUGAAUAAAUCUAAAAUAUUAUAAAAGCCAUUUUGAAAAAAUUUAAGAAAGAUAAUAUAUUUUUCAAUCCUUCUAAAAAAAAUGAAAUUGACAAUCAGAUUUAUGAUCCAAUUAUCUAAGCUUGUGAUAAACUUUGCAUAGAAACUACUUUCGAAGUAAUCAUGUAACUAUAAUCUAAAUAUGAACUUAAUAAAGUAUAAUAAACUAUUUAAUUGGACAUUUAAUUAGAGAAUUCAAAGGUUGAUCUUGCAAGAAAUUAAAAUCUACCCAAAAUUGAGUAAUAGUUGAAAGCUUAUAUUUACGCUUUAAAAUCUGAGACUAUAUUUGACUUGGAAUUCAUUAUUUUGACUUAGAUAGAAAAUAUGAUAGUUCCUCUUGAAAAUCCUAAAAUCAAUUUCAAUAAAAUAGAAGAGCAUAAUGAGUAUUUUAAGGAAGUGAAAUCAAUUUAACAAAAAACUUACAUCAAACGAAAGGAAUAACUACAAAGUUGUAUUUAAUAAAUUAUUGAGGAUGCCUUAAAAAAAAUGUUGGAAGAUUAUAAAUUUGAAUUCAAAUAAGAAGAAAAGUAAGAAUUAAAUGAGACUGUGGUAAAUAGAAUUUUAAAUCUGAAAUUGAAUAAAUAUUUUUAUAAUUCUCCGCAUUAUCAUUUAAAAAUAAGCGAAGAGAGUUUGUUAUAAUAAUAAUUAAGUUUACAAAGUAAACUUAUUUAAAAAGUAGUAAAUGAAGAAGUUUAAAUGCUCAUUUAUUAUCAUAUAUUACUAUUGAUUGAUGAUUUAAUUUGA